CAUAACCUGCCAAAUUUUAUAAAAUGGAUAUGGAAAUUAGGGGUGUGGCUAUAAAAAGGGGCGUGGUCGUGUUAGGAAGUAGGAUAAUCACUAAUACAUAUAUGGGGCUGCACAGUCCUUACAAAGGCUGCUACUGACAGUUGUACACUGAGACUGCUGGGAAAUCAAAUAAAGCAGCAGCACAUGAGAGAGAAUACAACAGCCCCCCCUGCCUAACACCAAAAGUGAGGAGGGAACCACGCAGGCCUAUCACACUGCCGCUCGGACAACCCAAACUCCCGCGCUCAGUACAGACAGGCAAUUGGCUAAAGCAAACUAAACGCAAAACGUCACACUGCCGCCUAGUGGCUCAUUUUGGCGGAACAAGCAUGAAAUAUACAUUGGCAGCCGGCGAAAUACAGAAAUGACAUUCCGAACACGCGUGUAUUACGACACACCGGCAGAUACUGUUAUACAAAAACCAAGAACAGACCACAAACAACCCCGUUACACUUACUCCUGACUUAAUCGCUGAGGAUGUUAUACUCCUCUCUUGUGGGCCACCUUGUGGCUCAUUGGCGUAUUGACGUCACGUGUGCUUCAUGCCUCGGCUCGAACACUUGCAUGCCGGGAAAUGAAUUCAAGAGUUGUAGGACACCGCUGACUUAGUGGAAUCUGGCGCGUUACUAGAGAUGAGCAAGUCCAAGGAAGCGGCUGCUAGCAGCAUUAUUCUGAAAUAUCUCAAUGAUCAGAACAGACCUUACAGCACCCAGGAUGUGUUCAGUAACCUGCAAAGGGAUCACGGUCUAGGAAAAACGGAGAGCCAACCUUGCUUGUAUAUAUUCCAUCUGUACAGGCUGUGCUGGUAAGUAGGAAUAGUGGGAGAGAAGGGGGCGAGGAGAGUGGGGGAGUGGUUUGUGGAGAGUAGAUAGUGUAGUGUAGAGAGUAGGUGAGUGGGGAGUAGGGAGUGGAGUGUAGAGAGUGGGGAGUUGAGAUGGCCCUCCAUAAGGUGGACAGGGUAGAGGACAUGGAUGUAGACGUAGUGGAUGAGGUGGAGGACAUGGAGGUGGAUGUAGUGGAUGAGAUAGAAGACACGGAGGUAGAGGAGAUAGUGGACAUUGAUUUUGUAACAUGGUUUCAUGGAUUAAAAUUGUUAGCAUGUAUUGUUGCCCUUCUUCUAAACCCCCCUUACCCAUGCAUCCUCCCUCACUGCCACCCCACAGCUUACCCUUGCUCUUACCCCUCCUCUCACCCACCUACCCCUAACUUUCACCACUCUCCUCUCACCCCUUAUACUUGCUCUCAGCCCUCCUCUUACCCCCCACCUCUUAUCCUUGCUCCCACCUUUUUACACCAACUCACCCCUUACCUUUGCUUUCACCAUCCUCCCCUGACCUCCCCACUCCUUACCCUCGCUCUCACACCUUCUCUCAAACCUGUACCUCUUUCCCUUGCUCUCUCACCCCCCUUAGCCUGGUUCUCAUCUCCCUCCUCUCACGUCCCCCACCACUUACCCUCACUCUCACCCACUCCUCUCACCCCUCCACCCCUUUCCCUCGCUUUCAACCGCCCGAUUCUUACCCCCCCUUUGCUUUCACCCCCUCCCCAUACUCUCUCUUUCACCCCCACCCCUUACCCUCGCUUUCACCCCCUCUCACCCCCUCCAAAUACCCUCUCUUUCACCCCUCCUCUAACCCACUACCCCUUACCCUCGCUUUCACUCCCCUACUUUUACCCCCUUUCCCUCGCUUUCACCCCUCCUCUCACCCUCCACCCCUUGCCCUGGCUUUCACCCCUCCACCCCUUACCCUCACUUUCUCCCCCCCUCCUCUCACCCCCACCCCUUACUCUUACUUUAACCCGUCUCCUCUCACCCCCUCACCUUACCCUUGCUUACACCCCCUACUCUCACCCCCAACCCUUACCCUCACUUUAACCCACCCUCCUCUCACCCCCUCCUCCCCUUACCCUCACUUUCACCACCUCCUCUCACCCCCACCCCUUACUCUUACUUUAACCCGUCUCCUCUCACCCUCUCACCUUACCCUUGCUUUCACCCCCUACUCUCACCCCCAACCCUUACCCUCACUUUAACACACCCUCCUCUC